AACAAAACCACCUAUACUCAUUCAUUCUAUUCACCCAUAGUUCAAGUAAGUCCCACAUCAGUCUUGAUUGCCCUUCCCCUGGGAAAAGGCAGGUAGGCCAGACUUUGAACUUGCCACAGCUGGGUCCAUUCUUCUAGUGGGAUGAUCCAGAGCAGAUAACUGGAUGAGAGUCCUUCUGUACAAAAGGGGGGGAUCUGGGGCCGCUGUUAGAUCACAUAUGCUGAAGCAACUUCCCAAAGAAGGGAGCUAAGGGCCUUAUCCAAAUUGCCUGCAACAUGAUAGACUGGUGCUUCUUUCCUAGACAAGUCUGAAAAGGGGUCAACACUAUUUCUGAAGACCUCACUAUUAGAAUUUUAUUUUGAUUACGGUGACCUCACUGAGCUAUUUUGGAAUCAAAAUGUGGCUGGGUGCCUGGUUUCCCUCAGUGGCUUCACGUGGCUUUCAAAAGGAAGGAGAGGGUGGUGCUUUUGGUAAAAUGGGUAAUAGCGUCCAAGCCAGUAACAUAAUCACUCAAAGUCCAAAUGAGGGAUCAGUAAAUACAAUGUGCCUGAAAGGCAGGCCUUGAGCACAUUCCUCUGGUAGACAUUAACUUAUUACAUCGACCGUGGUUGCAAAUAUAAACUUUGCCCCCAUCUCACCUGGCAACCAUAAAAGUGGUGAAUUUCAGUCUAUAAAAGGAAGUGGGAACUGCCCCCGGAUUUCAGGCUCCAACAGCCUCCUUCUGUCAAGAUGUGGCAUCUCAAACUCUUUGCGGUGCUCAUGAUCUGCUUGCUGCUGUUGGACCAGGUAGAUGGCUCCCCCAUGCUGGAACCGAGUUCAACAAAGAGAAGGCCACGGAGAAUGACUCCAUUUUGGAGAGGGGUUUCCCUCAGGCCCAUCGGAUCCUCUUGCAGAGACGAUUCUGAGUGUAUCACGAGGCUGUGCAGAAAAAGACGCUGUUCCCUAAGUGUGGCCCAGGAAUGACGUACACACCGGGGGAAAAGAGGACAGCAUUCACCUACACAAUGCUCCAUUCUAUGGAAUACUGAUGAACUGCAUUUUGGCUGGAGACACUUAAGUGAAGCAGUUUUGUGUUUUUAAUAUUUAAAAACAGAUAUAUGCUUUAAACUGGUCUCCGUUUCUUCUUAGAAUGUUAUGUAGAUAAGCUUAACUAAACUUGUCAAUUUAGAGUUUAUUUUUCUAUGUAUACUAUUAAACGUCUCAAACUGAAA